AUACAAGACAGUAUCCGGUGUUUGUGGGUCACAAACCAGGGCGGAACACUACGCAAAGGCACCGGCUGGACAUCCAGCUGGUCAUGAUCAUGAACAGGACCCUCUACAUUGCUGCUAGAGACCAUAUUUAUACUGUUGAUAUGGACACAUCACAUACAGAAGAAAUUUAUUUUAGCAAAAAAUUGACGUGGAAAUCUAGGCAAGCUGAUGUAGACACAUGCAGAAUGAAGGGAAAACAUAAGGAUGAAUGUCAUAAUUUUAUUAAAGUUCUCCUAAAAAGAAAUGAGGAUACACUGUUUAUCUGUGGAACAAAUGCGUUCAACCCUUCUUGCAGGAACUACAAGAUGGAUACUCUGGAGUUCCUGGGAGAUGAAUUCAGUGGAAUGGCCAGGUGCCCCUAUGAUGCAAAGCAUGCCAACGUUGCAUUGUUCGCAGAGGGAAAGCUUUAUUCUGCCACAGUGACCGACUUCCUUGCAAUAGAUGCAGUCAUAUACCGGAGCCUUGGAGACAGCCCAACUCUGCGGACAGUUAAACAUGACUCAAAGUGGUUGAAAGAACCCUACUUUGUCCAGGCAGUGGACUAUGGCAAUUACAUUUACUUCUUCUUCCGGGAAAUAGCAGUAGAAUACAACAGCAUGGGAAAGGUAGUUUUCCCAAGGGUGGCUCAGGUUUGCAAAAAUGACAUGGGAGGAUCUCAGAGAGUACUGGAAAAACAGUGGACUUCCUUUCUCAAGGCUCGUUUGAACUGCUCAGUUCCUGGCGAUUCACACUUCUACUUUAACAUACUGCAGGCAGUUACAGAUGUUAUCCAUUUCAAUGGCCGGGAUGUUGUUUUAGCAACCUUCUCCACUCCAUAUAAUAGCAUCCCUGGCUCUGCGGUCUGUGCCUAUGACAUGCUUGACAUCGCCAAUGUAUUUACUGGGAGAUUCAAAGAACAGAAGUCUCCAGACUCCACAUGGACACCAGUUCCUGAUGAACGAGUGCCCAAGCCCAGGCCUGGUUGCUGUGCUGGCUCUACAUCAUUAGAAAAAUAUGUAACCUCUAACGAGUUCCCAGAUGAUACUCUGAACUUUAUCAAAACACAUCCAUUGAUGGAUGAGGCUGUACCUUCCAUUGUCAAUCGACCCUGGUUCCUGAGAACAAUGGUCAGAUACCGCCUGACCAAAAUUGCCGUGGACUCUGCUGCUGGGCCAUAUCAGAACUACACCGUGGUUUUCUUGGGAUCAGAGAAGGGAAUCAUCCUGAAGUUCUUGGCACGGACAGGAAACAGUGGUUUCCUAAAUGACAGCCUUUUCCUGGAGGAGAUGAACAUUUACAAUCCUGAAAAGUGUAGCUACGAUGGCGUGGAGGACAAGCGAAUUGUGGGCAUGCAGCUUGACAAGCCCAGCAGUACCCUGUAUGUCGCCUUCUCCACCUGUGUCAUCAAGGUUCCCCUGGGACGUUGCGAGCGUCACGGCAAAUGCAAAAAGGCCUGCAUAGCGUCCAGAGACCCUUACUGCGGAUGGGUGAAGGAGAGCGGGGUGUGCACACAGCUGGUCCUUGGCUCCAAACUGGCAUGUGAACAGGACAUAGAACAUGGCAAUACAGAUGGCCUGGGUGACUGCCAAAAUUCCUUCGUAGCCCUGAAUGACAUUUCAACUGCUUCACCUGAUCAUGAAAUGUCUUACGACACAGUGUAUGGACACUCCAGUUCCCUAGUCCCAAGCACCACCACUUCUGACUCUCGCGCUCGACAGGGUUAUGAUGCUAGGGGACGCAUGCUGGAUUGGAAGGAUCCACUUGGUUCAUCUGAAAAUACAGAUCCAUAUGUGGCAGUUUCAUCCCAUAAUCAUCAAGACAAGAAGGGAGUGAUUCGUGAGAGUUACCUGAAGGGUCAUGAUCAGCUGGUGCCAGUCACCCUGUUGGCCAUUGCUGUUAUUCUUGCUUUUGUCAUGGGUGCCGUCUUUUCGGGAAUCGUAGUGUACUGCAUCUGCGAUCAUCGCCGCAGAGACGUGGCUGUCGUGCAGAGGAAGGAGAAGGAGCUGACACACUCCCGCCGUGGCUCUAUGAGCAGCGUUACCAAGCUCAGUGGCCUCUUCGGGGAUGCUCAGUCCAAGGAGCCAAAGCCUGAAGCUAUCCUCACACCCCUGAUGCACAAUGGCAAGCUGACUACCCCAGGCAGCACUGCCAAGAUGCUAAUCAAAGCUGACCAGCACCAUCUGGACUUGGCUGCCCUGCCAACCCCUGAGUCCACCCCAACUCUGCAACAGAAGAGAAAGCCCAGCCGUGGCAGCAGGGAAUGGGAGAGAAACCAGAACCUCAUCAAUGCCUGCACGAAAGAUAUUCCCCCGAUGGCCUCACCCGUGAUCCCAACCGACUUGCCUCUCAGGUCUUCUCCUAGCCACAUUCCCAGUGUUGUGGUCCUGCCCAUAGCUCAGCAAGGCUACCAGCAUGAGUACGUUGACCAGCCAAAAAUGAGUGAUGGGGCUCAGAUGUCUGUGGAGGACCAGAAUGCCACCCUUGAGUACAAAACUAUCAAGGACCAUCUCAGUAGCAAAAGCCCCAGCCAUGGGGUUAACCUGGUGGAAAAUCUCGACAGCAUGCCACCAAAAGUACCCCAGCGGGAAGCUUCCCUCGGGCCCCCAAGCACCUCGCUGUCACAGAGUGGCCUGAGCAAGCGGCUGGAGAUGCACUCUUCUGCUUACAACGUGGACUACAAGAGAAGUUACCCUACAAACUCGCUCACGAGAAGUCACCAGACAUCAACCCUCAAAAGAAACAACACUAACUCCUCCAACUCAUCCCACCUCUCCCGCAAUCAGAGCUUCGGCCGGGGCGACAACCCGCCACCGGCCCCGCAGCGAGUGGACUCCAUACAAGUCCACGCUGCUCAGGCACAGGCUGUGACUGUAUCUCGGCAGCCGAGUCUCACCACGUACAACUCGCUGACAAGGUCAGGGUUGAAACGCACACCCUCGCUAAAGCCAGACGUACCUCCCAAACCUUCCUUUGCUCCACUCUCCACGGCCAUGAAGCCCAACGAUGCGUGUACAUAA